AGUCGGUAAUUUGCUCGGAUCUCAGCUGAAACGAGUCAAUUGCAUGCAAGGUUACGCAUUUCUAUUACUGCUUCUACCAGCGCACGCCCUCGAAACGAAAAUGGCUGCGAGAAAGGUUGCCGCAGUGAUUGGCUAUGGACCUGGCAUCGGCCACAGCUGCGCGGCGCUCUGGUCAUCGAAGGGAUACUCCGUCGCACUCGUGAGCCGCACGGCGUCGAAGCUCGAGACGGCCACCACGCAGAUUCCCAAUUCUGCCGCGUUCCCGUGUGAUAUUACUGACAACGCAGCGCUCACGACGACGAUGAAAUCCAUCGCCGCACAACUGGGCCCCGUCGACACGUUAUUGUACAACGCGGGCAACGGCGUCUGGAAAAAAUUUAAUGAGAUAUCUGUAGAGCAGUUAGACAUGGCUAUGAAGACGAAUGUUUAUGGGUUGCUCACCUGCGCCCAGUGCUGCACGCCGGCGAUGGUCGACAAGGGCGGCGGCAACAUCAUCGUCACCGGCGCGACCGCUUCCUUAAGAGGUAUGCCGUUCACGAGCGCCUUCGCCGCGGCCAAGGGCGGCCAGAAAAGCCUCGCGCAGUCCAUGGCGCGCCAGCUCUGGAAGGACAACGUCCACGUCGCGUAUGCCAUCAUCGAUGCCGCGGUCGGCGACGGCGAGGGCAAGAUGCACCCCGACAGCAUCGCGCGCGAGUACUUCCACCUCGCCGAGCAGACGUCCGACUGCUGGUCGUUCCAGCACCACAUCCAGUGCAAGACGUCGGACAUGAGUCUGCUCUAGUGAAUAAGUCAUGACUGUGUU